UUCAACAGCGGAAGUCGGCGAGUUGGCAUUAAAAGGGCUUUUAAAAGCAAGUAAAAGUGACCCAACAACACGAUAACAUGGCUGCAUCAGCCCUACUUUGCAAAUUUCGAGUGGCUGGACUUUGUCAGAAGUGGUGUUCCUCCCGUGCGUUCACGUGCCGGGUAGUUGUCAAUCAGCUGCAGCGAGGACAGGGUGCCGCAGGUCUGGCCGGCCAAGUAGACCGGUUUGGGGGAGUAACGGUAGACCUGGCUGCCGUUGGUCUACCAGAGGACAUUAGCGAAAGUGCUUUUGCUGACUUAUUGACAGACUCGUUGGCCCGAUGGAAAUCGGAAGGUAAGGUUGCCGUGUGGCUGCGAGUCCCCAUCGCGAUGAGCCGAUGCGCAGCCGCGGCCUCCGCCCACGGCUUCACCUUCCACCACGCACAGGAGCGCCACGCUGUGCUCUCCCUCUGGAUGGGCGUGGGAGAAAGCAGGUUGCCUCACUUUGCUACUCACCAAAUUGGAGUGGCGGGCGCAGUGGUUGACGAGUCCAAUGGAAAGGUUCUGGUGGUGCAAGACAAGAACAAGACAAAAAAUGCCUGGAAGUUCCCCGGCGGGCUAUCGGAUCCCGGAGAGAAUAUCGGAGUGACGGCGGUGCGGGAAGUUUUGGAGGAAACGGGCAUCCGCUCCGAAUUCCGAUCCCUGCUGAGCAUUCGUCAGCAACACAACCACCCGGGGGCUUUUGGCAUGUCCGACAUGUACGUCAUCUGCCGCCUCAGCCCGCUCAGCUACGACAUCCAUUUCUGCAGGCACGAGUGCGAGCGUUGCGAAUGGUUUAGCCUCGCCGAGCUGGCGCGUACCACCGACACUACGCCCAUUACGUCCCGUGUGGCAAAGGUGCUGCUGCACGGGCUGAAGCACGGCUUUGAGCGCAUCGACCUCAGCAUGGAGGAGCUCCCCGCCGUCUACUCGGGGAUGUUUUACCAGCUCUACCAUCGACGGAUUCCUUCACCUUAACGAACAAUGUGAAGACUGGGACUGGACCUAAUGUUCUCGGUACUAUUUAAUAUAAUUAAACCACCUCUACUGCGGACUACAAGUACUGUUAAUCCAAUUUAUCCGGUUUUAUUUUUGAGACGAUACAGGUUGGGAACAGUGCAUUUGACAACCAAUCGUACCUCAGCUUUCUGACAAACAGCCCAAUCCGACUGUCAUCCCAACUCGGCAAAUACGUACCACUAUCACCUUCCCUGUGCAUUAAGAUUUUUUAAACUGAAGUCAUCUUGUUUUAGGAUUAAUCAAGUCUUGGAUGGGAUGCUAGUUGUAUAUGACUGCCACACCAAUACAUAUAUGUAGAAAUGUGUUAUUUCAAUAAUGGUGGAAUGGGCACUGCAAAUUGAGUCCUAGAUUUUUUAGGAAAAAAGUGUUCUUAAUGUUGGGGGCAAAAAAUGGCCUAUUUCGGCUCUAAAAAUCUGAUCAUAAGUGCCUUCAAAUUUGAGUGAGACAGUCUUAAUACACUAUUUCUCAACCUAU